GUUUAGUGGUGCCUUAUUAAGCCAGGUGGCCGUGUAUUAGAACAGAUAAUGAUCGCAUCAUCAUCAUUCUCUGAGGAGCUGACGCGCUCUCUUCAAGUCACAUUUGGAAGUGACAGUGGUGAUGGGUAUUAAGGCUAGAAUGAAAGGGCUCGUCCUAUGUAUGUGUUUGUUUCUGCAACUACCGUCUGCGUGUGCGCAAUGUGCUAACGAAUCGCCAAUACCCCCAACUGUACCGCCCACCAGCUGGACGGCAUGGUACAACGUGGACAAUCCUGAUGAUGGCACGGACGAUGAAACUCAUGCAGCGGUCAAAGCGGUGCAUCCCGCCGUGUGCCCCACUCCUACCCAAGCCAACUGCCGGGUUCGAUUCCUGCACACCGACCACGUGACUGCAGGCCAGACGCUGGUCACCGGCUGUUCUCCUACCGGAGGGUUGCUGUGCCGAGACGCCGACCAAGCCGACUCGCGACGAUGCCUUGAUUACGAGAUAAGAUUCCAGUGCCCGACCUCGAACGAUGCCUUUCCCGAGCCACAUUUCCACUGGGAUAUGAGCACCAAGACGUCGGUGGACGCUGAUGAACCCGUGACCUGUGUAGGUACUGUGUCGUCCAUCUACCCCACUGCUGGUGGCAUGACGGGCAUCAUAGGUGGCACCCUUGAUGUCACCGACAGCUUCGACUCGUCGGAUCACCUGUGUGCCGUCAGGAACCAGAAGGCAGGUUGGAUUAACUACGGAUCAGGUAACGACAGAUGCAUCUCCGAGCCUGUCUGCUGCACGUCGGGCUUUACUAUGACAUUCUGGAUGAGGAAUAGAACGCCAGCAUUCACUCCUACAACUAUCAUAAUGUCGACCGGUGGUCAUGCUUCAAAGGCGAGGGGGUUGGCACUAUACUUAGGAGACUAUAUUACUUUCGAUGUUAGGGGUUUCGUUACUUCACAGGCUUUCAAACUGAACGUAAUGAGCUACUUCCCCGACGAUCAGUGGACACACCACUCUUUCACCUACGAGCCGGGGGUCGGAGCAAAUUAUUACAAGGACGGUGUUUUCGUUGAGACCACCGACACAGUCGAAAUCGGGGGCAGUUCUGCUUCGAAUUAUGACGAUGUCGUCAUGUUUUCGAGAAACAACGAUCCAAGUGGGUGGCCACUAGAGCUGAUUGACGGAGACUUCAGCAAUUUUAAGAUGUUUUACAAGGCUUUCAACGAAACAGAAGUCCAGAACGCGUAUCUUCAAGAAACCUCCGAAUCCAAGCUUCUCAUCCACUACCUGAGGAAGCACAGUCACGAGGACAGCUUUGGGGUCGAGCUGGAGUGCCUUGCCAAGGCUGGCAGUCAACCGACUAUCGUCUGGCAUCGCUCAGUCGACGGCGCGCACUUUGAGCCGGUUUCCUCGUCGGCAGACGUGGCUAUUUACGAGAGUUCACCCAACAGCUAUAGAAGACGAUCGAUCUUGGUCGCUCGCGAUCUCAGCUUUUCAUCCGAUGUCAUCUUCGUGUGCGAGGCAGUGGACACUGCUCGCGGGGGUAGUGUGUCCAAGAGGGUCACCAUUCCGAAACGUGUCAUGUAUUGGACACCGUGGUUGAGUGCUGAUAACACCCUGGAUGGCGACGACAGAGAAACGCUGAUCAAACAAAGACAGAAGUAUGAUCUGCUCUGCAAGUAUCCCAGCGACAUCGAGUGCCGUACAGUUUAUGACGGCCUACCAUCCAAUGAGACCGGGCAGGUACUGAACAUCAGCUGCACGUUAUCGUCUGGGUUGGAGUGCCGUGGUGCUGAUCAGAGUGCGGAACAUGGCUACUGGUGUUACGACUACAAGGUCCGCUACCAAUGUCCCGAACCCCUUAAUCGUUGGACGCCUUGGUAUGACGCCAAAGACCCUGACGGAGCCGUGGAGGACGAAACACUGGCCACUCACACGUCCCUGGCGUACCCUGACCUGUGCAGCCAGCCCAUAGGCGCAGAAUGUCGCCUGAAGGCGUCCAAGCAAGACCUUCUGGCCAGUGGAUUCGUUCCUGAGGUUCCGUAUCUCUGUAAUGCCAAUGGAUUCCGCUGUCAGCACGCAGAUAACACCGGAUCGUGUCCUGAUUUCGAAGUGCGUUACAGGUGCCCGGAUUCUACAGCUUUGGAAUCCAUCAGCGUAGACGGACUGCGACAAGAGAGUCACCACUUAAACCCUGAUCUGCGACUGACUUGCACAGCCACCGUGGGCUCUCCGACCGUGGGUUCAUUCAGGAUGGAGUGGGCGCGGUUUGACCCUGAAACCCCCCGUCCCGCUGCAGCAGCACCCCUGGCGUCGGGAGGAAUCAUCAGUAUCGAUUCCAACGUCUCGCCAUCCGUCAUGACUAUCGAUAACUUCGUCAGCAGCACGCUCGCCAACACCUCGCUGGUGUGCAUCGCUCGAGACGACGUAUUCGUCGAUGCCAAGACAAUCGCUAUCUCCCUGCCAUCAUUCUGCGAGUUACCGGUGGGUGUGUCGAGCGGUGAAGUUGGGGUUGUACAAAUAACGCCAUCAACUGUCAAGUCGUCGCCGUUUAAGGUUCCGGGAGUGAAUGGGCUAGAUCCGUGGGUACCUACCACGAGCGACGCCAACCAAUGGCUGGAUUUCGAUCUCGGUGUCGAUUUUGCGAUAACGGGCAUCGCUGUCCAGGGAGACCCCGAUAACUCUCCCCCGAUCAACCACGUUCAGGAGUUCAGUCUACGUGCUAAAGCAAAUGAAGAUGAUUCUUGGGUGCUCUAUACAGAUGCACGAGGGAUGAGCGUAUUCAACUCAAACUACAGUGAGGGUCCGACCAGCUUCACCACUCUCACCCCUAAUAUCACCACGAGGUUCCUCCGCUUCUCGCCCAAACUCUGGAACAAUGAAAUCAUGGUGAGGGUGGAGAUCUACGGGUGCGCCGUGGGAGAAUCUACACUUCGAAUCGUGCAGCUGAGCAAACACUACGACGUCGUCGGCAAUAAUUUCACCUUGACGUGUCUCACCGAGCAUUACCCAGUACCCAACGUCACUUGGCUGGCCGAUGGUUCGCCCGUCUCGCCGGUCCAGGGCGUUUGGGAGAUCUCGGACACGAUAGACACAUUCCCCACGAGGGUAUCCACUCUGACACUCAUUGGUUUUCGUCCGGACCUCGAUAAUGUGACCUUUACGUGCGUUGCACAGUCUGGGAUCAAGGUUGAGAAGGCUAAUAUAUCCACACAGUACAAAUUUCAAGGUAUUGUCACUGUAUCAAGCGAUCAAACUCCCUACUAUGGAAGUGACGUAAUCAUCACAUGCGUAGCGUCUGAUGACGACAUUUACGUCAUGGAGUGGGGCCACCGCACGGCAGCGACGAGCGAUCCUUUUACCAUAGUGAGGUCCAGUGGACGAUAUCUCAUCGCUAAAAUAGUGAACAAUGCGACCAGUUGGCAGUCAACGCUGACGAUCAGCCGAUUUAUCCAAAGUGACGAGGGGGAGUACGCAUGCCUAGUGAACUCUGACACCGCUAGGGAUACUUCGGUUGUUGUGGGCAAGUCUGGCCUCCGAAAAGUUUGGGCGAACGCCACCUUUGACCAAGGAACCAAUUCCUACCAGCUGGAAUGCGCAGUGUCCUAUCCCAACAUUGAACCUGACGUCAUUUGGGUUAUUCCAAAUGGCGACGGGGUUAACCACACUACCAGCAAGUACCAGAUCCAGAACAACUUAUUUGUUGUAGUGGGUAAUCUGACCAAGGUCUCGAGGCUGACAGUCCACCAUUAUAGUUUCAGCCAGGACGACGGGACAUACAGGUGCUCAUUUACGGCUGCGGGACAAGUCGUUAAUAUCACGCUGGAAGCCCGUUUCGCUUACAAUGGAUCCAUUUCUGCAAGUGUGACGAAACCAGUUCAAGGUCAGCCCGUCCGCUUUAUUUGCACCGCUGAUGACGUCGAUCACGUCCAUCACGCCGAUUGGCUGCGAGUCGUUGGUAAUGAUCGCCUGAGAAUAGAAAAUGACGUCAUCCACUCCGUGUACGAGGACCGCAGCGGCGGAGUGUUUCGUCUGCACGUGGACCUCAACCCGUACUCGGGGACGGAGGACGGCGACUACGUGUGCUCAGUGAAUAACGGCACGGGAGAGGCUACGGUGACUCUGAGUGGCCAGCUAGUGUUUGCAGCUUUGACAGGGCGUGGUGAAGAUGCCCUCCCAUGAUCGGAUGGACGAAGCGAGAAGAAGCCAGAAGAUCAUAAAAGAUUGAACAAAAAUCCCGAGGUAAGCUAUGCCUGACCGUGCAGCAAAACUAACAUAGACUACACAAGUAAAAUUCUAACCGACGCUCUCGUCCAGGACAUCUAUUUAGAUUGUGCCCACGCAGCUGGCUGCUGUGUGACAGCACCAGGUCCGGUUACAGCGCCACCAGUGAGCUAGGAUGAGGCCGUACUGCAGCCAACAAUGAAUGUCACUUGCCAGACGAUUUUUUUACUUCCGGAGGCAGGCAUUAAGAGAAGAUGAUGGAGCAAGGAGUGGCCAAUGAGUGGGCAGCAUCAGUGGAGAGCACAGAACCUGACUCUGACAAGUUUGGCCUCACAGAAAAGGAUGAAGAUGACUCUGAUGUUAACCGUAGCACAGACAGAGAAGACGUGGGCUCAAGAGAGACUCAAGUUCCAGUGAGGACCCAAGUGACAGCUACUCUCACAGUGAUGAGGAACAAGAACAGUGGAUGGAGAAAACAGCAGAUUUGGGAAGGCCUCAUUAGCAGGUGAAUGUACAUGUACUGCCAUGGCUGCCUACAUGAAUGUUGAGGCUGGCUAGUGUCAUGGUGCAAGUGGACUGACUGAUGAUAUCUCCAAAGUGAAGAGGCAGGUUACUUCAUGAGUAGCACAGACCUCCUCAUAUGAAAGCUGUGGGUAUGCCCCAGGAGAA